UAGUCAUUCCUAGGAAAAAUAAAAAUAUCAUAGCUACAAAAUUUCUUUCUUUCAUUCAUUCACUAUGCAAGAAGCACUUCCAUACAAAUCAUGGAAUUUUAUUCCAACAAAUCCCACAACUCUAAACAAAUCUUCAUCUCUAAUAAAUCAAAUCAAUUACUCAAAAGGGAAUUUUAAAAAAAUGGUAACGGAGAAUGCCGUUAUAGUUUUUAGACGACGUGGCUGUUGUAUGAGCCACGUCAUCAAAUGUUUACUUCAAUGUCUAGGAGCGAACCCCUUUAUGUACGACAUUGAAGAAAAAUACGAAAAUGAAGCGAUAGUGGAGCUUGAGGAUAUCGGUAAAAUUGUCGGCCGUGGUGAUCGGGAAGAUGACCGGAGUUUGUCGUUGCCGUUGCCGUUGCCGGCGGUGUUUAUCGGAGGAGAGUUGUUUGGAGGAUUGGAUCGGAUUAUGGCAGCUCAUAUUAGUGGUGAAUUGUGUCCUGUUUUGAAAAAUGCAGGGGCCUUGUGGCUUUGAAUAUUUUAAUAUAUUUUGUAAUAAUUUAAUUAAUUAUUACUAUUACAUUUUUAUUUUAUUUUUAAUGAAAAGAUUGCAUAUCAUGAUAUAUUUUCAUGAGUUGCGAUCGACACCUGAUGAGUUAACUUGAAUUACAAUAUUAUUACUUUCUC